AUGACAACUACUUAUCUGCUUUGGACAUUAUAUUGGUCGGAAAGGCCAACAGCAUCAGUCACUCACCAGACAACCAACCCAAACAACCAAUCCAACUUGAAGUUCCUCAUCUGCUUGGCCCUCUGCAUCGCCGCCGCCCAGGCUGGUUUUAUCGCAUCCCCCGUGGCCACUUAUGCCGCGGCUCCGGCCUACGCCGCCACCUACUCCGCCGCCGCUCCCGUGGCCUACGCCGCCCCAGUGACCACCUAUGCCGCUCCUGGCUACGCCACCUACUCCGCCGUCGCCCCUGCCUACACCGCCUACAAGGCUCCCUUGGCCUACACCGCUCCGGUGACCACCUACGCCGCUGGCCCCGCCUUCGCCGCCCCCAUCACCACCUACGCCGCUCCGGCCGUCGUCAGCUCCUUCCUGAAGAAGAAGUAA